AUGUCAGCUGACAACAAACCGACUCAGAAGUCCGCUUUGAAAGUCAUCAUGGGUGCCAUGACCUUUGGCGAGGCGGCCUUUGAGCAGGCGCGAGUCACCGACGUGAAGGAGGUCGCCGCCAUACUCGACGUCUUCCAGGCGCAUGGCCAUUCCCAGGUCGACACUGCCCGGCUUUACUGCAACGGCACCAGCGAGGAAUAUCUUGGGAAACUCGACUGGCAGAAACGUGGCCUCGCAAUGGACACUAAGCUCAAAAUCCACAUAUUCUACCUGCACGGCCCCGACCGUCAGAUACCAUACGAGGUCACACUGAAAGCCGUCAACGACCUCUACAAAGAAGGGUACUUCGAGCACUUUGGCAUCAGCAACUAUAUGGCAUGGGAGGUGGCAGAGAUCGUUCAGAUUUGCAAGGCCAGUGGGUAUAUCCAGCCUACCGUAUAUCAAGGCAUAUAUAACGCCAUUCAUAGAGGCGUAGAGCCAGAAUUGUUCCCGUGUCUACGGAAGUACGGAAUGAGCUUCUACGAGUACAACCCACUGGCCGGAGGAUUCUUCACAGGUCGGUAUACCCGAGACCAGCAGACCGUCGAGCCUGGCUCGCGAUUCGAUCCGAACAAAGCGCAGGGAAAGGGAUACCGCUACAGGUACUGGAACGAUGCGACCUUCGACGCGCUCGAGUCUGUCAAGGCCGUCGGCGAGAAGCACGGUCUGAGCCUCGCUGAGAUCGCGCUGCGCUGGGUGUCACACCACAGUUUGUUGAAGCGCGAGCACGGCGAUGCCAUCUUGAUUGGGGCGUCCAGCGUGCAGCAUAUCGAACAGAACUUGAUUGAUCUCGAGCAAGGCCCCCUUCCGGACGAAGUCAUCAAGGCUUUGGACAAUGCUUGGGCUGCUGUCAAGGGAAUAGCUACGCCUUACUUCCAUUGA